UUCAUACUGAUUUUAUUCUUCAAAACUGUACUACCCUUGUGUGUUAAUUUACAAAGUAUUGUUUAAAACCUAUUGCUUUAUAAGCAUUUAAAUAUAAAAAUAAAUAUGGCCAAGAUUAUAGUGAUAACUUUUUUAAUAGUUUUGUGCUUGUUAUUGGAAGUUCAGUGUGAUUGGAGUCCACUUUCAUCUCCGUAUGUAUCAGACUACCCGUGUACAGGAACUAACAGUAUUUUUAGUUUUUUUGAGCCUGGAGUGUCGUCUAAGGCCAAGACCCGUUAUUCUGUGUCCAUAAAUCUAAUAUUCCCCGCCAAUUCCUCCAUUCAAAUUUCAUUUGACUCAGAAGCUUAUAUCACUUUGCUUGUAAAAACGGACGAUAAAAGAUAUAGCAGAGUAACGAUGAAACCUGGUGUGGUGUUUGGAUUUUAUUAUUUUGCACAAGAAACUGGAUUUAAUUUUGUUGUAACUUCCUUCGUCCCCGGCAUAGUUCCGUAUAUAACAAGCGUUAUAAUCAACAAUGAGGAAUAUUGUCAAUAUCCAAAUGUGGGAUUCCUAAAUCAAUAUGUUGUGGAAACGUUACUAAAUGACGAAGAAAAGAACUGCGGUCGGCGUCAAGUACGAAGCACGCAGUUGAUGGUUAAUGGCGCUAAUACUAAACCCGGAGACUGGCCAUGGCACGUCGCUAUUUAUAAACAAGAAAGGAACAUCAUUAAGUAUAUCUGUGGUGGAACUCUUGUGUCUAAGAAUUUCGUAUUAACAGCCGCUCAUUGUGUGUCAGUGAGGGGUUCUGCCUUAUUGCCAGACACGAUAAGUGUUGUCCUUGGGAAAUACAAUUUAUUUGGAGGUGAUUUUGGGUCUGAAGAAAAGGAGGCUCAUAAGAUAAUAAUUCACCAAAAAUUUGAACACAGAACCCUAAACAACGAUAUAGCACUGAUCGAGUUAAAUACAGAAGUAACGUUUUCUGAUUACAUUCAACCUUCAUGUCUGUGGUAUAAGAAGGCGAUCGAAAAAUUACCAAGCAAUCAAAUUAUGGGAACGGUUGUAGGAUGGGGUUUUGAUAACAGUGGAACUCUUUCGCGUACACUUAAACAAGCUAAGAUGCCGAUUGUCUCGGAUAACGUCUGUAUCAGAAGUAAACCCUUAUUUUAUGCGAACAUUUUGAAUGGAAAUAAAUUUUGUGCUGGAUUUCAUAACGGAACAUCUGCUUGCAACGGUGACAGCGGUGGAGCACUUGUGGUAUUCGUACCAGAUACGGCUGAGGAUAAUGACAUAAGAGCUGAAGGAACUUGGCAUGUUAAAGGCAUUGUAUCGAUGACACUCUCUCAAAAAGAUGUACCCGUAUGCGAUCCUGAACAGUACGUUGUGUUUACAAACGUUGAGAAAUACAGAGUGUGGAUAAAAAGCUACAUCAAAGAAAAAGAAAAUGAAGAUAUUGAUCAAUAAUUGUGAAAGAACACUAAGACAACAAAAUAAUAAUAAACGGUUUAACAAGUUUUUGAAGCGUAACUAUAAAACAUAAUUAACUUUCUUAUAGUUAUAAGUCACAGUGAAUAAAAAUAUUGCUUAGUUUAUUUA